UAUGGCUCCAAGAUGGCCGACGCAGCGUCCGGUAGCUCCGGCACGAGGUCAGGCAGCAAGCAAGCAACCACACCAGCAGAUAACUACUACCUGGCUCGCAGGAGGACUCUGCAGGUGGUGGUCAGCUCCUUGCUGACAGAGGCCGGCUUCGAGAGCGCUGAAAAGGCAGCAGUGGAGACUCUGACAGAGAUGUUGCAGAGCUAUAUUUCUGAAAUUGGCAGGAGUGCCAAGUCCUACUGUGAGCAUACAGCCCGAACGCAGCCCACGCUCUCCGAUAUCGUGGUGACUCUGGUGGAAAUGGGGUUCAAUGUUGAAACGCUUCCUGCCUAUGCCAAGCGCUCGCAGAGGAUGGUCAUCACUGCCCCUCCUGUGACAAACCAGCCCGUGACUCCCAAAGCUCUGACAGCUGGACAGAACAAGCCACAUCCAUCCCACAUUCCCGGCCAUUUCCCUGAGUUUCCAGAUCCUCACACUUACAUCAAGACACCAACGUACCGGGAGCCGGUGUCUGAUUAUCAGGUGUUACGGGAAAAGGCAGCGUCUCAACGGCGUGAUGUGGAAAGAGCUCUCACACGUUUCAUGGCUAAGACAGGAGAAACACAGAGUCUCUUCAAAGAUGAUGUCAGCACAUUCCCAUUGAUUGCUGCCAGGCCUUUCACUGUACCCUACCUGACAGCCCUUCUCCCUUCUGAGCUGGAAAUGCAGCAGAUGGAAGAAACUGAUUCAUCUGAGCAAGACGACCAGACAGACACUGAGAACCUGCCCCUGCACAUGAGCACGGAUGAUUCUGGGCCUGAAAAGGAGAAUGCUUCAGUGUUACAGCAAAAUGCCUCCCUGUCAGGCAGUCGGAAUGGGGAGGAGAACGUGAUAGACAAUCCCUACCUCCGGCCAGUGAAAAAGCCCAAGAUCCGCAGAAAGAAGUGAGAUGCAGCCAGCUGGCUGCUCAGAGGAAGAGAAACCCAGGGGCCUUCAGCUCUGCUGCUGUGGCUGAGGCAUGAAGCAGGACAUGAGAAGCAAUCCAGCUGCGUGGCAGAGGCAGAAGAAUGAUCUCUCCCUGCCUAGUGAACAGACUCUCAUCCUGGCUUUCAAUGCUCCCUCUUUCCCUUCUGCUCUCCCGCUGACUUGGAACGGUCAAUGGUCAAUUGCCUUAAAACCAUUGGAGGCCACCGGGUUACAGGUGGGGAUUGUCUCGUUUACUUUGGUGUGUUCUCACUGGAUUUAGUCUCUGAAGAGCCAGGGGACAUGAAGGUUCUUGCUCCUGUUUCCCAGCAGGCUCUCAAGAAUACAAAAGCAUAAUGAGUUUGUGGCUGGCUGGCAGGCUAGAAAAGAAACUUCUGCCUGGCUGUAUAAUCUAAGGAGCAUGUAUUAACAGAGACAGAACAAUCCCAGAGAGGUCUCUUCUCUUUGGAUUCUUGGCAGGUAAAAACAAACAGACUUUUACUUAAUAAAAUGAAGGCAUCUGAUGUGUUGGUAAGAGAGUGAAGUGUAAAUAGAGAGCUAAGGAUUUUAUGCUCACUUUUCUGACUGCAGCUGCACUUCUAACUUAGCUCUUUUAAGUACGGUGUUUACCCUAUUCUGCUCUGAGAUGAUUUUGUAGAAGUAUGAAUGGCAAGAUUUAACAGCUGCUUCGGGCUGUGUUUCAGUUCUAUUGUUAGUCCUUUGAGACUUCACGCCUUCACCAGCUGUUUGGAAAGAUGCUGUGCUGAAAAACUUGGACUAUGGAAUAAAGCUGCAUUGAUUGCUGUCUGCAAGGCCAUGCUAUUGAUCACACUUUUUUUUGUUUGUCCAUUCUCAAAUAUGGGCUUUUAUCAGCAGAAGUUGCUCUUUGGUUUGGUUUUUUUCCCCUUUAUUUCCCCAGAGCUGAAGACUAUUCCAGCAGUGACAAUGAGGGGUGAUGGGUGCAUUGUAACUGUUAGCUGGUUCUGGAGGGCUCUGCUUUUAUUUUUCAUUCAGCCUUUACUUAGGCAAAAUAUGGGUUAAAUUUCUGUGACAAAAGACUCUUAUAGUUUGGUCCAGUCUCCCAAGCAUCUCUCCUGGAUGAAAACAUGGUGCUGGCAGUGGCAGCAAAAACUGCCUGCAUCAGACUGCCAGGCAGCUUGUGGUUUCCUAGAGCAGCAACUGAAUGCAAGAAGUCUUGCAGUCACCAGGGAGAUCAGAGUUACAUGUUCACCUCUUUGUAGCUGAUAUAUCCUCACAGGCCUCCCAUCGCCCACAGAGGAGGAAGAUAAAAAGGAGGAAUUGUUUUGGUGAGGAGGGAGGUGUUCCUGCCAAAAAAAUUGAAAUUACAUCACUAGAAAAAAGUCCUGCAUGUGCCAUUGUCACUUCUGCUGGUGCCUUGGUUGUACAGAAUAACACAUGUACAGAGACAUGGUGUAUGUAUGUAUGUAUAUAGAAAAAUUUCUAUCAUUUUUUACUUGGUUCAAGCAUUUUUUGUAAUCUGAAAGUCCCUCACUGGGUAGGGGAAAA